UCACGAACAUUCAACUGCGCGGUACUGCACAUACCCGAGACGCAGCUGACGCCACAUGCAAAAGUAACUGCGUGCAAACGAGACACUGAAGAAAAGGAUACACAGUUAUGAUGACAAUAUUUAUGAUUCUAAUUAUAAUAACAAUAAUGUUAAAAGUAACAGUAAUAAUAAUAAUAUUUUUAUUUAAUGAUUAUUAUGUUAUCAUUAUUAUUAUAACGGUUCUGUUAUGAUAUCAACAGCAUGAUUGAAUUAUACAGUUAGUCUGGUUUCAUUAUUAUAUUCUAUAAUUUAAUUAUUUAUGUAUUCAAAGUGUGUCGCACAUUGCAUGUCACCUGUUUCGAGCAGGUUGAAGUGAGCAGUGAUGAAGGAUGAUCACCACUCUCUAAGAUUUAUUGGGUAAGUCCUUGUAGAUUUGUGUCUCUGAUAUGCUUUACUAUAUAAUGUUUUUUGUUUAGUUCCCCUUAUCUGUGUCUAUGCAUGAGUCCCCAGGCCUGUUGUGAACAGGCUUAACACCACCUGCCAACCCUGAGGGCUGUAGUGCUGUUCUUUGCAGCCUGAGCAGUGAGUUCAGGCUGUUAUUAGUCCACUCUAACAUAUUGGUGCAAUUCAUGUUGCACCAAUCAAUUUAUAGUGAUAAGUAAUAAAUAACAGUGGACAGGGAGGUUUAAAAUCAUCUUUCUGAGUCAAACAUAUCCACUGUGGCAUCCUGACAACUGCGUUUUCUAACCACAUUGCAUUUCUAUGAAUUGUGUAUGUCACCAUAACACAAAAACAUACCCAUAUUUCAGGAAUUACUUCUUAAAUAAAGAAUGAGAUGUUUGUUUCAGCCUCCGGCCUCCCAGCUCCAGCACAAACACAACUGCAUCACUCUCAGCGUCUCUUGGAUCUGAGUUUGACUGCCUUCGGAAACAAUGCUGUCUACAUACCAUGCAACCAUAGAGAUCACAGAAAAUGUCCAUCCCAGGGUUGGGGGGCAAAUAAAGCCACCACAGGGUAACAUUGUCAUUCUCAAAGAGAGGUACAAAUGAGAUAUGGCUCUCAUUGUGUUCUUGAACAUUGAAUCCAAGGUGGGUACAGGAGAGCUCCAGUGGAAUGCAGAGUUGACACUGUGGGUUCUGCUGAGUCACUCCCCCAAAUAAAUGACAACAGUGAGGCCUAUAAGAACCCCCCGCAGUGUGACCUGGAGCAUUUCACUCCGGCUACUGGAGCAGCUCUGCGCCAUCUCUCCUGGGAAACAAUCUGAAGGAAACAUCCGGCUACAGGUGUUUGUUUUUUUGGUCUGUUUAUUUCCAGAUCAAGCUAUGAAAUGGGUGGAGUCAAAAGAAACAUCCUCCUGUACUCAUUGUGCUGCUGCUAUGUGAUCCCACAGUAUCUCUGCACAGGACUUCAUUCUCAGACUGUCCGGUUUUCAUCUCAAGUCAGUAGACAUUUGGAGCAGCAGGCCAUGUGCUUCCAGAUAAGCAUCGGGGAGGAUCGCUUCCCAGGAUUUUACAUUAUGUCCCAGUUCCACAUUGCUGAGCUGGCGAGAAGAGGCACUGUUAAAAAGGUCCCUGGAUCAUCUCCUCAGCAUGUUGCUUAUCAAAUAGGCCCAGCGUUCAACUUCAGAAUCAACACGAGGUCAGCUUAUCCUCUCGGACUGCCGGAUGAGUUUGCAUUUGUGGCUGUGCUGCGAAUGAGUGCCAGCACCAUAAGUAAAAACUGGAAUAUCUGGCAGAUGCAGGAUGUGAAUGGCAUCGAGCAGCUGUCUGUUAGACUCAACGGGGAGUCUAAGACUGUGGAGUUUACCUUCACAGCACUGGACACUGGGAUCAAGACUAUUGUCUUUGGUCCCCUGGCUUCCCUCUUUAAUGAGCAGUGGCACAGAGUGCUGCUGGACGUCAGCAGGGGAUCUAUCACCCUCUACGUGGACUGUGUCAUGAUCGGGUCUCAGAGCAUCCCAACCCUACAAAAAGUCAGCCUGGAUGGGUUCACGUUGAUAGGGAAACUCAAGGACAACCCUGCGAUGGCAAUCCCGUUUGAACUCCAGUCAAUGCUGAUUCACUGCGAUGUGACGCGAGCCCGGACGGAAGCGUGUUACGACCUCCCAGCCGGGACUUGGACCGAUGUGACGGAGGUGCAGAGGAGCGAAGGACCUGUUGGCCCUCCUGGACCUGCAGGUGUCCCAGGAAUUGAUGGCGUCGACGGGGAAAGAGGACCGGAUGGCGAGGAUGGGCUCCCGGGCCCUGAUGGUGAUUCAGGUAAACCCGGCUCCUCGGGAUUACCUGGAAUUCCUGGAAAUGAUGGUCUGACCGGCCCGUUUGGAGAUGCAGGACCCGACGGUCCCUUCGGACAGAAAGGUGAACCUGGACAAUCUGGACCCCGAGGGGCAACUGGUGUUGGGCCAGAUGGACCCCCCGGACCACCUGGACCUGGAGGACUUCUGGGUGAAUUGGGAAAAGUGGGACCAUCUGGGGCCAUGGGUGUGAGAGGACCACAGGGACCUAAUGGACCAACAGGGCCCAGAGGAGCAGCUGGAAUGCUCGGCAGUGCCGAACUGUGUGGAGACUCGUGUCCACCUGGGACUCCUGGACAUCCCGGCCUUCCUGGCAUGAAGGGUCACAAGGGUGUGAAAGGUGAAGGAGGAGAACCCGGGAAACAAGGGCACAAGGGUGAGGAGGGUGACCAGGGAGGUCAAGGAGAGGUCGGAUCCCAAGGACCAACGGGCUCCCAGGGAAACCGUGGAGCCAUGGGAAUGAUGGGCCCCAAGGGAGAGAUGGGAGCUCGAGGUCAUGAUGGAGACAUAGGUCCUCAGGGGGUCAUGGGGGCAACUGGGGAUCGAGGACAGAGAGGUGUGAUGGGCGAGCUCGGGCCUAAAGGGGAAACGGGCGCUCUAGGGCCAAGAGGAAUCACAGGCGUGCCAGGUCCCAAGGGAGAGUCUGGUUUACCAGGUGUGGAUGGUCGCGAGGGUAUUCCCGGGAUGCCGGGAGCGAAGGGAGGCGUGGGGAAGGCUGGUGUUCCUGGAGAGGUUGGACUUCAGGGGUUUCCUGGUAUGCCUGGUGCUCCUGGACCAAAAGGCUUAGGUGGCCCUAAGGGAGACUUCGGUCAGUCAGGCAUCCCUGGAACAUUGGGACCUGCUGGCAAAACAGGUGAACGUGGAGAACAAGGCGAGGUGGGACCUAUUGGACCCAUCGGCAAUGCUGGAGACAUAGGAGGAAAAGGCCCUGAAGGUUCAUCUGGAAAGCCAGGUGCCAGGGGACCCAAAGGUGACCCUGGCCUCCCCGGUCUCCCUGGUCCUUCUGGUCUUCCUGGUGUGAAAGGAGAGAGGGGGGAUCGUGGAGAAGGUGGACCCAAAGGAGAGCAGGGAACACAAGGUGAUGAGGGAAACCCUGGCGACAAAGGAGAACUUGGUGAAUCAGGAGAAUCUGGAGCUAAAGGAGAGGGCGGAAACCCUGGCGAGUCUGGCAGGAGAGGUCCAGAGGGAAGUCGAGGUCAGCCUGGCAUCGACGGGCCUCCCGGCACACCCGGACCGCGGGGCAUGCAGGGAAACAGGGGCCAAACUGGAAUCAGAGGAUCUCAGGGGCCUGCGGGUAAAGAGCCUAGUGAUCAGCACAUCAGACAAGUUUGCAUGCGAGUCAUGCAAGAACAGCUGGCCCAGUUAGCAGCUAGCUUGAGGAGGCCAGAGUCUGGCGCAGUUGGUUUACCUGGAAAACCCGGACCUCCAGGUUCUCAAGGGCCUCCUGGAGACAAUGGCUUCCCUGGGCAUGGUGGAGCAAGAGGCCUUCCCGGACUCAAGGGCCCACAAGGAUCCCUGGGAAAUAAAGGACCCAAAGGUGAACAGGGAGACAGAGGCUCCAGAGGGCCGACUGCACGAGGACCCAAAGGUCAGCCAGGAGCUCCUGGACUUCCUGGUGAAGCAGGCAAACCAGGCUACGGUCAGGAGGGUCGGGACGGGCAGAGGGGACCUCCCGGCACUUCUGGUCAGCACGGUGUGCCCGGGCCUCCUGGCUCAGCUGGCCCUAAUGGUUACUGCGACCCGUCGGCCUGUAACCUCCAGGCGGGGGCCGCCCACCAGUCUCUGGAUGUGAAGGGACCCGCAGGGAACUAAGAGCCACUCUGGCAGAGACAGAAAGACUGUUGGAUUAUCUCCCCCUGACCACACAUCAUUUUUCACACUUUUUUCCCUCGGGCUGUUGGUUGUUGUGGUGCCUUCGAUCCAUUAACCUCUAGUGUCGUGAGCGUGUUCUGUGGCAGCCACAGCUCCAUCGGAAGGAGACUCAAGUAAAACAGAGAAAAAACAAGAACAUUGUUUUUUUUUAUGUGCUGAAUAAAAUCCAGCUUUUUUUUUUUUUCUUGUUGUAUUUUUCUACAAGAGAGAUGUUUUGAUAUAUUCAGGGUAGUGAGUUCACAUUACUGAGACGAAAUGGAAUGACCAGAAAUGUUUGUUUAUCCCACUCUCCUCCCUCUGCUUUUAUCUCCUCUUCUCCAUUUACACUUGUUUCUCACACACUACAAUUAAUGACCCAAAUCAAAUCAGGGUUUUCAGGUAAAAUGCCUUUUUUGCUUUAGAAUAUUUUGCUCUUUAUGUGCUAAUGUACCAAACAUGCAGGCACCUUCAUAUUUUUUUGUAAAGAUUUUUAUUUUGUCCUGUUCCGGGCAUCGUUUCAGCCUUGGAGUUUGAAAUAAAAAGGAGAGAGGACGAGAAUGCCAUCAAGUCACACUGACUUCAGUUUGUUGUAAAUCUGUAAAAAAAAUAUGUUUGAAAUGUGGUUAUAUUAUAUUUCCUACAAAACAAGCUGAUGUGAGUGUACAGGAGAAACAGAAAGAGAGCAGCUGUGCCUAUACGUUAAUAUAAUACAGGAAUGAGGGAAAGCCUCAUUAUUGUGAGAAAUAAAGACAACGCACGCAGUGUUUAAUUUAUUCUGUAUACUGGUUUCUUUCUGUGAUGAUAUAUAUUGUAUAAUAUCAGAACAUGCAUGAAUCAAUGCUCCUGUUUUUUUCCUUUGAAAACUGUUAAAUAAAAAUCUCUUGUAGCUGUUCA